AUGGGAGCGUGGGCACUGAGCUUCUUGCUGGUUGGACUUGUUCUGGCGCCCUUGGUAGUUAAAGCCGCAGGGGUCACGAAUUACAGCAGACUGACGGCGACAGACAAAUCUUUCCUCGUCUUGGCAAACCAGGUGGCAGAGACUGUGGUGGGGAUUGCAGUCAUCAAGAGAACCAUUGGGGGUUUUGACCCGUUGCCAGAGGAAGCAGAUUUGUUCAAGACCAGCUGGAGGGAACCUUUCUCGAAGCCCAGAGGCUGGCUUACAUGGGCCUUACUGGGCAUGGUCCUGUCACCAGCAGUCAUCGGCAUCACUGUGACCAUUGUGUCAUACGCGGGUUAUGAGGCGGUGGGAGGGCAGGGCACGGCGGACGGCGUUGCACGAAUCAUUUCCUUGGACCUGCCUACCUACGCCAGCCUUCUAGCAGUGACCGGCAUCCUGGCGCCCUUUCUGGAGGAGACUGUCUUCCGCGGCUUCCUGCUCACCACGCUCACAAAGUGGAUGCCCACUCCGGCGGCUGUGGUGCUCAGCGCGACCGCGUUCGGCCUCGCGCACUUAUCGCCGCGGGACCUGCCGCAGCUGAUUGCACUGGGCACUCUGCUGGGCUUCAGCUACGUGCGCUCGCGCAAUUUGUUGACCCCCAUGAUCAUCCACGGGGCGUGGAACAGCGUUGUGCUGACUGUGCUCUUUGCGCUGACAGCCUCGGGCGUGAAUGUGUCGGAGAUGCUCAGCAGUGGGAGCUGA